CACGGUGGAUUGUAUUGCUCCUAUCGGGUGAUUUGUUUUUACUUGUGUGUUUUUUAUUCAUGUUAUAAUCCGCAUUAAUUGCUAAUAAAUUUCCUCAAAAAUGUUAAAACCAAAAGCACUAACACAAGUUUUAGCGCAAGCAAAUACAGGUGGUGUUGAGAAUACGCUUUUGCUAAGUCAGGAAGGUGCUUUGCUAGCAUAUGCUGGGUAUGGAGAUAAGGACGCGCGUGUUACAGCGGCAAUUGCGAGCAGUAUUUGGGCAGCAUACGAAAAACAUGGACGCAAUGCAUUUCGUGAAGAUCGUCUAACUUUUGUGCUAUUGGAUUGUGAAUGUGGUCAUGUAGCUAUUACACAGGUCGCCAGCAUAUUGCUUUGUCUGUACGCAAAAGAAAUGGUGGGCUUGGGUUUACUCAAGGAAAAGGCGAUGGCACUGGCUAAUUAUCUCGAAGGACCCCUCAAGCAAAUUGCAGCUUCAUAAGAUAUGCACUAUAUAUAUACAUACAUAGUUAUUUAGCGACUUGAUCAAGCCAAAAUUAUAAAACUAAAAAAAAAAAAUAUUUUAAGUCUUAAAGAAUAAUAUAAAGAAAACACUUGAUAAACAUUUAUAUGUAUGCACAUAAGUUGAUAGUUGUAUUAAGAUGUAAUGGAAUUGGCAUAUUACAAGUAAACUACAUUUUUUUUUGUAAGAGCUUUAAACUUAUAAACGAUAAAUACAGUAAAUAUAAACUAAACUAA